GUGAAAAGCCCAGGGAGCUUCUUUUCAGUUUUUCAAUUUUCUCGAGGCCCGUAACCGAUUCCUUGGGCUAGAACUAGGGUUUUAAUUUCAUCCCUAAUCCUGUGGCAUUUAGCCCUACCGGAAAGGGAUGAGCUUCCAGGACAUUGAAUCGGGCGGGCCGAUUCUAUGGAGAAGAGAUGCAGCGGCCAACGGGAGGCAGGACCCUACACAGGCGGUGGCAGCCGGCGUGUUCCAGAUCAACACAGCUGUCUCCACCUUCCAGCGCUUGGUCAACACUCUCGGUACCCCCAAGGAUACGCCUGAGCUGCGAGAACGACUGCACAAGACGAGGCUACACAUUGGGCAGCUUGUGAAAGACACCUCAGCUAAACUGAAGCAAGCUAGUGAAAAAGAUCAUCAUACUGCAGUCAGUGCUAGCAAGAAAAUUGCUGAUGCUAAGCUUGCGAAGGAUUUUCAAGCAGUUCUUAAGGAGUUUCAGAAGGCACAAAGGCUUGCAGCUGAGAGAGAAACUGCUUAUGCUCCCUUUGUUCUCCAAACAACUUCUCCGUCAAGCUAUAAUACAGGUGAGGUAGAUGAUGGCAUUGAGAAAACACCUGAUCAGCGCUCAGCACUCUUGGAGGCGAAAAGACAAGAAGUACUGCUAAUGGACAAUGAGAUUGUCUUCAAUGAGGCCAUCAUCGAUGAAAGAGAACAAGGAAUACACGAGAUUCAACAGCAAAUCGGCGAGGUGAAUGACAUCUUCAAAGAUCUCGCCGUCUUGGUUCACGAUCAAGGCGUUAUGAUCGAUGAUAUUGAUUCCCAUGUUGAGAAUUCUCUUGUAUCAACCGCACAAGCAAAGACUCAGCUUCUGAAAGCAUCAAAAAUGCAAAAAUCAAAGUCAUCUCUGAUAUGUCUGCUCCUGGUGAUUUUUGGGGUUAUAUUGCUCAUAGUGAUUAUUGUUCUUGCAGUUUGAAUUACUGAACUUUGUUCUGUUGAACUGAAGUGAGAACUGGUUUGGUGUUGUGUGCUCUCUAAUUCUUCAUCAUUUUCUGUACAUGUUUCAGCUGUUUCUUUGUGAAAUUUAUUUUGGAUUAGGGUCAGUGUUUAUGUGGUAAAGAGUUGUGUGUGUUUGCUGGCCAUGUAAUGAAAGAUUAUGUUUUUAAUAAAAUCAAGAUUCUUUGAUUUUUAA